GAUCUUUUGCUCAGCGCAUCAAGAGACAAGACUGCUCGUCUCUGGUCGCGCCCAGCUGGUGCGAAGCAAUUUGACACCUCCGGAGUGCUGAGUGGACACGAUGGGUUCGUCAAUGCAUGCGCCUUCUUCCACUCCGGGGCUGCUGCCCCAGGGAUCUCACGUAGCCUUGCCGUUAGCGACACUCCCGACUACACGCUGCUUGGGCAUGAAGAGAAUAUAUGCUCUCUCGAUGCUGGACCUGGUGGCUCAUACAUCGUCAGCGGCAGCUGGGACAAAACGGCCAAAGUGUGGAAAGACUGGAAGUGCGUGGCCACAUUAAAGGGGCAUGCGCACGCAGUGUGGGCAGUAUUAGCUGUGGAUGAAGACCGCAUAUUAACCGCAUCAGCCGACAAACUCAUUCGCCUAUGGUCUAUAUCGAGUCCAAGCAAGCCAAUCGCAACGUUUUCUGGGCAUUUGGAUGCUGUACGAGGGUUAAGCCUUCUACAAGGUGGUAAAGCUUUUGCCAGCUGUGGAAAUGACUCGAACGUUUGCAUCUACUCAUUAGUGGAUUUGUCUUCUCCCUCGGCUAAUCAGCCAAUCUACACACUCUCUGGACACACAUCUUUUGCCUACUCCCUCGCAGCGAUCGAGUCUGGGCAAGGUGAGGUGGCAAGUUCUGGCGAAGAUCGCAGCGUGCGGAUAUGGAAAGGUGAUGGCAGCGCCGGAUCUAUGCAGCAAAGUAUCACACUCCCUGCUGUCUCUGUCUGGAGCGUUGCUGCAAUUCCUGGCGGAGAUCUCGCUACUGGCAGUAAUGAUGGCGUCCUCAGAGUGUUUACAAGAGACGAAGCACGCAAGGCUGGUGCAGAAGAGAUCAAGAUUUUUGAUGCUGCAGUCGCGUCACAAGAGCUGAAUAAAGCGCAGAUUGGCGAUGUGAACUUAGAGCAGCUCAGGGGUCUCGAGGCACUCUGCCAGCCUGGAACAAAGGAGGGGGAGGUCAAGAUGGUGCGCAACGGAGACAAGGGCGAGGCAUAUCAAUGGACAAUGGGAUCCUGGCAAAAGAUUGGCGAUGUCAUUGGAGGCGUCGCAAAAGGGAAAAAGCAGCUCUACCAAGGCAA